AUGCUCGAUGCACCCAACGUGAGGUUUCUUCGCUUUCGGUUACAAAACCCAACAUCGCGAAACAAGGACAUUGUUAAUUAUUUUGCGAAAGGUCUCAGUCCAUCCGAUCCCAGUCCCCUUUUUCCCCAUUUGAUCGGUCUCGACUUAUUGUUCGAACAAAAUCUAGUUCCAUAUGUGUCAAGCGGCGACCUUUACACGCUUUAUGAAACGGUGCUCAUGGCUUAUCCGUCCAUCAAAACCCUUAUUCUACUCGACCGCGCAUGGGAUGAUAUGUUCGAAUUAAGAUCAUGGACUCUUCCUUGCCUUGAAAGGCUGGUUGUUGGUAGCGCAUCACCCUCAGGGCUGAAGGCACUCAUUAGUGCACGGAACGACGCGGGAUUAGGGCUGAAGACAUUGGAAGUAUUGUAUCCAAGGUCAUUUGUUCAUAUUGUUAUUGGAUCGCGCAUAUAUUCUACCCUACGCGAGAACAUACAAUUUCCUAAACCGUGGAGCUGCGGACCCGAGUGGGGUCUCAGAGUCGUUGGAAAUACUCCCGACGACCCCAUAAAUAGACGUCAUGCGAUCGAGAUGUUGGAAAUUCCAACUACCACCGACCUGACCCGCCUACACCUGGACCAUACCCAGCGAACCAAGACCACAGCAAUAUGGGUGACUACCCUACUCCACCUAGCACGCGUUUUACCCCUAUUUAACUCACGUCUCCAUCCAGUGAAGAACGCGAUUCCUGGUGUCGGCCAAAGCAACACCGAAGAGGAAGAGGUUAUUAAGCCUGACGAGACACCUUUGUCUCCACGUAGCGAACAAACGAAAUUCAACCUUGAAAAGGGCUUGAAGGAGCGCCCCGAGAAACAAGAGCUUGUGAAUCGGAAUAUUCUCAAAGGCGAGUUUUACUCCAAAGUUGCACCUGCACUGCAAGCCGCUCAAGACAGACUGCAACGCUCUCAAUUGGAGGACAAACUGGACAAGGCACUGGAGAAUCGCCCCAAGCCCGAGGAGCUGGUUAAAAAUGGGAUAUUGAAUAAGGACGAGGUACCCUCAAGCCAUUGA